CCGUUGCUGGUGGUGCCUUCUUCAACCGCCGCCGAACAACAAAUCCCGUUCCAAUUCCCAAUCACCAUCUUCCUUCUCCAGGAGAAUUAUGUAAUCCAGCAUCCAGUUGCUGAUAGGACUGCUUCUUUGAGUUUCUCAGUUUAUUCCUUCAACUUUGCUAUUUUUUCAGUGGAAAACUAUCAAUGGAGAACAAGGGUUUCGAAAUGGGAUUAGCUUCACAGCGUUCAAAAAGAGCAAGACGCAAUGAUGUCGGUUUAGAGGAGGAUGGUGAUUUUGAAGAUGAAGAGCUAAUGGUACAAAAUGGGGAAGAGGAAGAUGAAGAUGAUGAUGUUGAUUCUGAGGAUGGAUUAGAGGAGGAAGAUGAAGAUGAAAAUUCAGAAGAACUCGAUGCUGAUUCUGAGGAUGGAGAAGAGGAGGAGGAGGAAGAAGAAGAAGAAGAAGAAGAUGGAGAGGAAUUGGAGACAGAAGAUGAUGGUAAUGACAAGGAUGAUGUCCAUAAAAGUAAUGAGAUGGAAGAACUUGAAAAAGAGUACAUGGCUCUUCGCCAACAGGAGCAGGAUAUAGUGAAGAAUCUUAAGCGUCAUAAGGAUGAAGAUCUUAAAAAGGGUCAAGCAGUGAAGAACCAAAGGGCUCUAUGGGAUAAAACUCUUGAGUUUAGAUUCUUACUUCAGAAAGCAUUCUCCAAUUCAAAUAGAUUGCCGCAGGAGCCAGUUCGGUCUUCAUUUUGUGCAUUAGGUGAAGGAGUUAGUGAAGCAUAUUCAGACCUUAUUACUGCAUCCAAGAAGACUUUAAAUUCUCUACUGGAACUACAGGAGGCUUUGCUGGAGAAGAAUCCAUCAAUAGCUCAAUCUGCCGAUGGUAAUUCUGGGCAGUCAUCUAAAAAGCCUUCUGGUGAUUCUACAAACAUGGAUGGGGAAGGUGAUGAAGAAUGGUUAAGGAUUUCUCAGAUGCAUAAAAGAGUUGCUUCCUUCAGAGACAAAUCUAUUGAUAAAUGGCAGAGAAAGACUCUAGUUACAACUGGUGCUGCUGCUAUCAAAAGCAAGUUGCAAGCUUUUAAUCAGAAUAUUAGUGAACAAGUUGCUGCUUAUAUGAGGGAUCCAAGUAGAAUGAUAAAGCAAAUGCAACAAAGAGGAUCAACUGUUGGCAUAUUUGGGACUGUUCCACUAGGGAUUGGUAGUGCGAAUGGAGAGGAGGCACAAACUGAAGGUGACCAUGAACUCCUUGAUGAUUCUGAAUUUUACCAGCAAUUGCUGAAGGAAUUUUUUGAGACAAUUGAUCCAACGUCAUCCGAGGCCGCCUUCUAUGCUUUGAAAAGGCUACAAACCAAGAAGAGAAAAGUAGUUGAUCGUCGUGCCUCAAAGAAUCGCAAGAUCAGGUACCAUGUCCAUGACAAGAUUGUCAAUUUUAUGGCUCCUCAGCCCAUGAACCUUCCUCCCAUGGCUCCCAAGUUAUUUGAAAACUUAUUCGGAUUGAAAACCCGAAAACCUACCCAAGUCUGAUAAAGCAGUUUAUACCAGCCCUAAUGGCCUCCAGGUUUUGUAAUAUUAGUUUUUUUUUUUUUUUCAAGCAUCUUAUUUUCUGCAGCAUUUGAUGUCUUGUAAACUUUAUUUUUCAUUUAUAACUAGAAUUCAAAGAAAAAUCAAACAAGCUG